GCGAUGGCGGGUGCCCGGGCGGCUCCUGCCCUGCUCCAGGCCUUGGCGCUGCUGCUGGCGCCGCGCUCGGCCCCGGGCCUGGACCUGCUCCGCGACCGGCCCGCCGUGUACGAGGGGCCCCCGGGCAGCUACUUCGGCUUCGCCCUGGAUUUCCACGUGGCCGAGGGCAGGACGAGCGUGGUGGUGGGGGCACCCCGCGCCAGCACCUCGCAGCCCGGCUUGGCCGAGCCCGGCGCCGUCUUCCUCUGCAACUGGCCCCUCGGCGAGACGCCGUGUCGCCUCGUCCCCAUCGACACCGAGGGGGACGAGACGGAGACCACGGCGCAGCUGGAGCUCCGCACCUACAAGUCGCACCAGUGGCUGGGAGCGUCGGUGACCAGCCGGGACGGCAAAUUGGUGGCCUGCGCCCCGCUGCAGCACUGGAACGCCCUCGCCGGGCACCUGGAGGCCUUCCGGACGCCGACGGGCGCCUGCUUCGUGGGCGACGCGGGGCUGCGGCGCUUCGCCCGCUACGCGCCCUGCCGCGACGCCGUCAUGGCCGACACCUACCGCAAGAGCCAGUACGCCUACGACAAGCGCUACUGCGAGCUGGGCUUCAGCGCCGCCGCCGGCCCCGACGGCACGCUGGUGCUGGGUGCCCCCGGCGGGUACUACUUCGCGGGCCUCCUGUACUCGGUGAGCGUGGAUGCCAUCCUGAGCCGCUACCGCGGCACCUCGCUGCUGUGGCCGGAGAGCCCCGGGCGCCCCACGGAGCAGCCGAUGUCCCUCGACUACGACGACGGGUACCGGGGGUACUCGGUGGCCGUGGGCGAGUUCGAUGACGAUCCUGACACCACAGAGUACGUGGUGGGGGUGCCCAACAAGAGCAACACCAGGGGCGAGGUGGAGAUCUUCAGCGUCGGGUCGACCCUGCGGCGGCUGCAGGGCAUCGCCAGCGAGCAGGUGGCAUCGUACUUCGGGCACACGGUGGCCGUGGCAGACGUCGACGGGGACGGGCGGGACGACGUGCUGGUGGGGGCCCCGCUGUUCCUGGAGCAGCGCGCCGAGGGCGAGCGGCGCGAGGUGGGCCGCGUCUACCUGUACCUGCGGCGCGGGCCCCGGCCCUACGGACGGCCCUGGCAGGCGCUGACGGGCCCCGACGCCUACGGCCGCUUCGGCUCCGCCAUCGCCAGCCUCGGCGACCUGGACAUGGACGGCUACACCGACGUGGCCGUGGGCGCCCCGUUCGGCGGCGCCGCCGGCAGCGGGCGCGUCUUCGUCUUCCGAGGGCAGAGCGAGGGGCUGGCGGAGACGCCGUCGCAGCGCCUCGAGAGCCCCUUCGCCGGGCCGGCCGCCUUCGGCUUCGCCCUGCGCGGCGCCUCCGACCUGGAUGGCAACGGCUACCCGGAUCUGCUGGUCGGGGCGUUCGGGGCCGCCAAGGUGGCCGUGUACCGGGCCCAGCCCGUGGUGGUGGUCCGCGCGCGGCUCACCGUGCCCGACGGGCUGAACGCCGAGGAGCAGGCGUGCGUGGCGCCCGGCUCCGGCGCCCGCCUCAGCUGCUUCUCCGUCUCGCUGUGCGUCAGCGUCUCGGGCCAGCACGUCCCCAGCAGCGUCCAGCUGCUGGCCGACCUGCAGCUGGACCGCCUGAAGCAGAAGCUGGCCCGGAGGGUCUUCCUGCUGCCCGGCGGCCAGGCGUCCUGGCACGAGGAGCUGGCGCUGGUCCCGGGGACGCCGCCGCUCUGCCACCACCUCACCGCCUACCUGCGGGCCGAGGCCGAGUUCAAGGACAAGCUGAGCCCCAUCGCCGUGAGCCUGGGGCUGGCGCUGGCGCCGGCGGGUGACGAGCUGGGGCUGGUGCUCUACGGCGACACGCUGGUGCAGGAGCAGACCCGCAUCGUGCUGGACUGCGGCGAGGACAACGUCUGCGAACCCGACCUGCGCCUCGCCGCCCACACGCCGGACACACGCCUGCUCAUCGGGGCGGACAACGCGCUGCGCCUGCGCGCCGAGGCCAGCAACGCCGGCGAAGGCGCCUUCGAGGCCGAGCUGCGGGUGCAGCUGCCCCCCGGCGCCCACUACCAGAAAGCCAUCAGUGACAUCCAGGGGCAGGAGAAGCUCAGCUGCAACCCGCGCAAGGAGAACGGCAGCCACGUGGUGCUCUGCGAGCUGGGCAACCCCAUGAAGGCCGGCACCCGCAUCACCGUGGACAUGGAGCUGAGCGUAUCCGGCCUGGAGGACGCGGGCGACUCCAUCGCCUUCCAGCUCCAGCUGCGGAGCAAGAACAGCCACAGCCCCAACAGUGCCGUGGUGGUGGUGAGGGUGCCCGUGGAGGCCCAGGCGGCCAUGGAGCUGCGGGGGACCUCGCUGCCCGUCACCGCGGUGCUGCCACCGGCCUGGCAGCCGGUGGAGGGCAGCCGGCGCCUGGAGGACCACGGCCUCAAGGUGGAACACGUCUACCAGCUCCACAACAAGGGUCCCGGCACAGUGAGCGGUGUCACCCUGCGCCUCGCCGUGCCCAGCCGCCUCCAGGGCAGCCUCCUGCUCUACCUGCUGGAGCUGGGCACCGAGGGCGGCAUGAACUGCACCGAGCCACCCGGCCUCAACUCGAAGCAGCUGGAGAUACCUCGGCCCACGGGCGCCUCGGCCCGCAACGCCAGCCACCAGCGGGAGCGCAGGGCGGUGCCAGAGCAGCCCCCGGGUGCCCCCGGGGAGCCCAUCCACGUGAACUGCAGCGCCGAGCCGUGCGUGAGCAUCGUGUGCGAGGUGCAGAGCCUGUCCAAGGACCAGCGGGCGCUGGUGACCGUCCAUGCCCUGCUCUGGAUGGACACCUUGCACAAGCGCGAGCAUCUCCUGAAGCAGUUCCUCAUCCAGUCCCGGGCCUGGUUCAACGUCUCCGGCAUGCCCUACCACAUCCAGCCCCGCGUGCUGCCCGCCGGAGAGGCCACGGCCGUCACGGAGGUGGUGCGCGUGAGCCCCAGCACCGAGAAGGAGGUGCCGGUGUGGUGGGUGGUGCUGGGCGUCCUGGCGGGGCUCCUGCUCCUCGCCAUCUUCAUCUUCAUCAUGUGGAAGAUGGGCUUUUUCAAGAGGACCCGGCCGCCCACGGAGGAGGACAAGCAGGAGCUGACGCUGGGCCAGGUGCAGGAGCCCGGGGGUGCCCAGGGCUAGUGGGGGGCACACGCCCCCACGCACCCCUGCCUGGCCCCACUGCAAGCCCACGCGACCCGGUGGCAGGGGACACCGUGGCCCUGCUCCCAUCGCACGCACUGCCUGAGCCCCCCACCCCGAUGCCCCCGACACCCUUGGGUGCCAUGCUGCCCCCACCCCGAUGCCCCCCCACUGCUGCCUCCUGGAGAAUAAA